UCAUUAUGUAGCAUGUCAGCUUGCAGCUGCCCGUCUUUGUGCUUUACCAUUUCCAAGUAAGAAAAAAAGCUAUUCUGUAUUUGUGUGCACAUGUAAAUGAGCGUGCUUUCAUGCAUUCACACAACAGCGUUAAAGUGUGAAUCUGAGUGUUUUUGGCUGCUAAGUUAUGGUAGUCACUGCCAGUCAACACUUAGGAAUAAGUAGCAGCAGAUGGGCAGGAAAAAUACAAAAUGCUGGGGCCAGAGGGGCCUGUCAGUCCUAAGAAGGGCAGCUGGAAUUAGCAUUAAAAAGAAAUUAAUACAACCUUGGUCUUGUUAGUUUAAGCUUCUGUUCAUGCUCGUAAUAAUAACACUGGAACCCUCAAGUUAAUUGCUAAGAUAUCAGAUAAUUGCUGUCAGGAUACAGAAUGCAUAAAUAUUUAAAAAAUUGACCUGUUAGAAAAGAUAAAGUGAGCAAAUUGUCUGUCAUAAUUCUCUAUCACUGUUUCGACUUCCUGGUUCAGCUCUGAAUUACUGUAGGGUGCUGUAGCAGUGUUUCAACCCGAGCAUAUUAUUUUCAAGCUAAUAAAAACACUUUGGGCGCUUUAGCAGAACUAUGAAGAAGUAAAGCAAAUGUUGUGAAUUAUAAUUGUUUUAUCUUUUGUUGUUCAGCAAGUAUGGGUCCACUUAUGGUCAUUAAAUCAUUCAUAGCUGUAAACAAGGUUAACCGUGUUCCCCUGCUGUUAUUUCCUGUUACUUUUGGUUCAGACUCAAAGUGAGAAAUAAAAUCCCCAGUGAGUCUUUUUCUUUCCUCUCACCAGCAGCAUUGUGUCAUUGUCAUAGAAGUAGCGAGAGCAGCGCCAAUGCUGCUCUACUGUUCUAUCUUUGCGGCAUGUGGUAUGGCAGGUAGAUAUUGCUAUCACAGGCACCGGGUCUAACAAUUUUUCUUCCUGAAACCUUUAGUUUGUGCACACAGAGUUUUCCUGUGCAAUAAGAGAUUGUUGCAACAUGUUGGAGGUGAACUCAUGCUUGGCUUUACCUGCAAAUAAAGCGGUAUAGAUAUUCUGUCGAUACUACUUUGCUGGUUCCACCUGCUUGUUGAAAACACUUGUGUUUCUUACCCUGUCUGACAUUAGGUUAGUGACUUCCCAUGUCAUACCCAAACAUUUGGGGAGUAUAAGAAGAUAAAACCAACAUAAUAAUGAUCUAACAGAUUACGUCAUGUGUAAACGUUUGAAUGCAUUAUUAGUACUUUUAAAUCUGACUCCUGGUUACCUGGCUUCAAGAGGAAGAACAUUUUCUCAAGAAAAUUUCUUGCUGAGGCACAUUAUUGAUAAAAAGCAGAAAGUGUAGUGCAGGUCUCUCUAGUCUGUUACCAUUGGCAACAUCUUCUCAAAGCAGAUCAGAGACGAAGUCAUUCUAAUGCCUGCUGAGAACUCUUUCUAGGUCUCACCUGCCAAGAGUAAGCGCAACCUCACCGAAGCCAACCUCUUUCUCCCUGUCUUUUCUCCUCCAGCUCUCUGUGGGUGUGUGUAGGAUGUUGUGUCAGGGCUAAAGCCCAUCCCUCUCCCAUGAGCCUGUGUGCCCACACACACACCUGGCGCCUCCACGCACACACCCGGCGCCCACGCACGCACAGCCGGCACUGACGCUGUGAACUGGACCCUCGGAGCCCAGCCGAUCCCAGCUGAGCCAAGCGGAGCGGAGUCUAAACCAGUUGGAGCCUGAGGAUGUCAACAGAGACAGAGCUACAACCAGCGGUCAGGCCCAGCAGCGUAAGACGGGACUCCAAGAGGAAAGGGCAGGAUCGCAGCGAGACAGCUCUCAUCAGGCGUUUUAAGGGCGAUGGCGUCCGCUACAAGGCCAAGCUCAUUGGCCUGGACGAGGUUACCGCCGCCCGUGGAGACAAACUCUGCCAGGACUCGAUGAUGAAGCUCAAGGGAAUAGCUGCAGCAGCACGGUCUAAAGGAGAACACAAACAGAAGGUGUUCCUGACCGUUUCCUUUGGAGGGAUCAAAAUCUUUGAUGAGAAGUCAGGGGUCCUCCAACACCACCAUGCUGUCCAUGAGAUCUCAUACAUUGCCAAGGACAUCACGGACCACCGAGCCUUUGGCUAUGUCUGCGGAAAAGAAGGGAACCACCGCUUUGUGGCUAUCAAAACCGCGCAGUCGGCUGAACCUGUGAUUCUGGACCUGCGGGACUUGUUCCAGCUCAUCUAUGACAUAAAGCAGAGAGAGGAGAGGGAGAAGAAGGCCCAAAAAGACAAGCAGUGUGAGCAGGCGGUGUACCAGACAAUACUGGAGGAGGAUCUGGAGGACCCUGUCUACCAGUACAUUGUGUUUGAGGCGGGACACGAGCCCAUCCGUGACCAAUCAGAAGAGAGCAUUUAUCAGGUUCCCACCAGUCAGCAGAAGGAAGGGGUCUAUGACGUCCCAAAGCGACACCCAAAUGGACAUAAAAGAAAACCCCACCACCACCAUCACCACCACCAUCAUCAACAUCAUCAUUCUCAUGAACAACCCCUUCACCAAGAACAAACUGAACAGCAGCAGCAGUCGCAGUCAGGGGCACAUAUGAUAGACUUAGACCUGGAUAUGGUGACUCAGAAUAUCAACCAAUUAGAAAUUUUUGGAGACAUGUCUACGCCUCCUGACAUCACCUCUCCAUCUACUCCCGCCUCUCCAGCCAACACCCUGGACCCCUCACAGGGCUUGCAGCCUCCCACGGAACUGUUUGCUCCCUUCAAUCCUGCGUCUGUGCCCUCAGGUUAUGUGACGAUGGGAGCAGUACCUCCUGGCCACUGGUCCCAGCAGGCUUUUGCUGCCCAGACUCCGCUGGCCUUCGGGGUCCAGUCUCCUCUAGGCCCGGUAGCCCAGGUGCUGCCAGGUGGCCAGCCUCUCAUCUGGGGCCAGGCCAACAUCUUCCCUGCCACCCAGCAGCAGUGGGCAGCCAUGGCAGCAGGAGCGUUCCCCCCCACAGCCUACCUCCCAGCCCAGCCUGUGGGCACCCUGCCCGCCGCCAUGUUCCAGACUCUCACCCCCGUCACGACUGUGACUCCAGCCGGCGAGAGUCAUUCGAGCACUGGAGCCAGCGCUUCAGCUCCUUCCCCUUCAGCAUCUUCGAGUCCACAGCAUGGGGAGAGAGGAAAGAAGAUGGGAAAGGAGAUGUUCAAGGAUUUUCAGCUGGCGAAGCCUCCGGCCAUGCCUUCAAAGAAGGCUGAUCAGCCCAGUUUAGCAGGAACCUCAGAGGCAUUCAGCACUUACUUCAGCCGUGUGGGCACUGCCCAGGACACAGAUGACUGUGAUGACUUUGACAUUUCUCAGAUGAAUCUGACACCAGUCACCUCUACAACACCAUCCACCAACUCCCCACCCACCCCAGCUCCCAGGCAGAGCUCUCCCUCAAAAUCCUCAGCCUCUCACGUCAGUGACCCCCCCACCGACGCCACAGACCCCCCCACGGACGACUCAUUUGGCGAGGCAGAGGGCAGUCCCAGUCGCAGUGGAGAGGAAGAUGCUGCAUGUGGUUCUGGGUCGCCCUGCCCCAGCGAGACAGCAGAGCCCAGCCCAGAUCAGGCCAGUCCAGAGGCUGGGAGCUAGAUAGCAGCAGGGCAAGAAGAGGAAGGACCCUCUCUAUGCCCAGAUUAACAAAGGGAAGAAAUAAAGAGACACACAGGAAGACAGACCUGACCAGCACUGAGAGAACAGGAGGAGAACCCUUAACCUCUGUUUGUGUGAGUGCGUGUGUGCGUGCAUGUCUGGCACAUCCCCGCCUGGCCAAGCCCUUCUUCUUCUCCUCCAGCUAACAACCUCCCAGGAGGAGCUUCCACACUCCCACAGUCCUCCUCCUCCUGUCUGCAGUCUUUCCUCCUCCUGAGAGGGGAGAGCCCUCUUGGUCAUUCACUCCAGGCAGGAAGGGAUAUCAAUCACUGAGACGGAUCCAGUUCUCCCUCCACUGCGCAGUCUUCUCCUCUCCUCUCCUCUCCUCCCUUCUCCCUCACACCCAGCCUUACAGAUAGAACCUGCUCCUCCCCUCUCUGCCCCCCCGUUCCCUUCCUCCUCCUUUGCUUUCUUUCCUCUGCCUCCUGUGUCUGGCCAGAGACUGUGCUGCCAAGAAGGGACUGAAUCAUGCAGUGCCUCCCCGUCUCUGACACUCCCUCACACACGCACGCUCAUCGGGAUUAGAACGAUCACCUUUUGUUUUAAUGGACAGAAUCUGCAUCUGUAGUGAGGAGAUCCCAUAGGAGGAGCUAGACUAUUAAUGGGCCUAUCAGGGAUGGCCCGUUACUGGGAUCACUUCUUCUGAUUGCUUGGCUGGUUCGGGGAGUUUAACCCCAUUCUUGUGAGUGUCUGCUGGAUCACUAUGCAGAAACAGACUCUCUGGGAGCUACUCACACACCAACGACAUACAUCUUGCACACAGGAAUCAGCUUACAUACUCUCACACAUGAAAACACAUACACACAGUACACCUUCUCUGACAUGCAUACACACAGUAAUUUGCCAAACGUCUCUCCUCACAGACAGACUCAUAUAGAGGCCAGAGGACCAGACAUGCUGAAGAAAAGACACUGAGAGGGAAGUGUUGCAAGUUAAACAGAUUCUGUGAUUGAACUGUUCAUUCUCUAUAGCUUUUGUACAAUACUGAUUAAAAAAGAAGAAGAAAUUGAAAAAUUUGAAUUUUUAUUUUAUAAGUCAAUCAAGCCGCUGGGGUCAGCUCUAUAGGAGAUAUAGAGUCAACAUGGCUUUAAGGCAUCUGAUCGUUGGUUUGCCAAACUCAUUUUGUAAAUAAUGAUAACAACCAUUUUGUCCACUGGACUUCUGUGCCAUAAAAUAGGAAGGCUUCAGUUAUGCAACUCUUGACGUUAACCCAAGCAAUACCAACAUAUGUUUUCUUUUUCCUGUUGUCUGUUUCAUUCGCCUCACCCCCCUCUUUUGUGCAUAGAUGUUGUGAACCAUUAAUUACUCUGGUUCCAGCCCUAAAGCCUGCACCGUGCCCUGCUGUGUCUUCUUGAGUUCCCACCCAAAAACACUAUAUCGCGGUCCUGAGCUUUUGUAUCACAAGACUAUCAUUUUUAUGUUGCAGGCAACAGUCAGGGUCUCACUCACUCACUGUAGCCCAGACUGCUCCUCUCCUCCUUCCCAUUCUCCCAGACUAGUCUCGAAGAUAACAGCAAUGCUCUGCCCAUCUGUCUGUCUGUUGGUCAGGUGCCAAACUGCUGCUGUCUGAGUGUGGACUGCAGCAUCCUCUGCUACAACUACAUCAACUGUGAUGCCAUUGACUCCCUAUUUUAUGGCCAGAGUCCCCAUAUCAUUCGAGAACUCUUUUGGACUAUGAAGCUGAUUAACUUUAAAACUUUGAGAACUAGAUGAUGAGCAAAGACGUUGAAUAAAAAGGGAAACGUUGCUGUUUGAGUACAUAACAUUUCUAGACCUAUUUUAACUUUACCUCAGCUAACAGUUUCUUAAUGUAAAUUGACACAUUAUUUUUAUCUUUAUGAAUAUGACAUUCUACAGUGGGUUUUUAGAUGAUUUUUUUGGUUCUAUCUUGAUUUACGUAUUCCACCAUGUAUUACUGUUACAAAUAAACACAUCCCAAAUGA